UUUUGGACAUCGCAAUCAGAGGAUCUCAUUGAACUUAAAAAUAUGUUUGUUUUAACCGUUUGAUAAAAACAUUAGAAAAUCAUGUCUUUUUGUUUUAGCAGAAUGUCUUCUUGUUUGAGAACAUUAAAGAUACACAAGACAUGUAAACACAUUCACGCGUCGUAUUCACAUUUUACAAAGAUAAAAAGAACGCAAGACAAACUGAAACUUACAUCAGCUGUUUUUAAAAACGAAAGUGAAGAUAAAAUCAGAUUAAACAUUUGCCAUAAGCUCCACUAUCAGUUUAAACAUCACUUUAACUCAUCCAGCAAACUUCAUGAUGACAGCAUUGAUGUGUCUGAUAUAACACAACAUGAACUAAAAUCUAAAAAGUUGGGAGAUUUUGUACCUCGUCUUGCAAUCUUGUACAAGUGUAAAAUAUGUGGAACCAGAAACAACCAUACAUUUUCUAAAAAAUCUUAUGAAGAGGGAGUUGUGAUUGUGAAAUGUUCUAAAUGCCAGAGUAACCAUUUAAUUGCUGACAAUUUGGGAUGGUUUAAAGAUGUUAAUAAAAGAAAUAUUGAGGAAAUUUUGGCAGCUAAAGGUGACGAGGUGACUAGAUUAAAAGACAUAGACAUUCCUAAAGAGGUGUUGGAGGAAUUAAAAAAGAUGCAACAAAAGGACUGAAUCUUGUUAUUCACAUGCCAAGAUACUAUUCUAUUACUAUGUUGUUAUUAUUCCUAGAAAAUAUCUGCGUGAUAAAAAUGUAGACCAGCAGUAUCAUGAGGUCAGGAUCUGGGUGCUAUAACAUAUAAGAUGUGAUGCCAUCACUUUUUUCUCCUCUUUUGUCUGGAAAGUAUAACACUGCCUAUAUUUUAAAGAAUUGCUAAAUUUACCAACAAAGAAUGUAAAAAUAAAAUAUCUCAGGAGAAGGGAGCAUGUAACAUCAUAGUUAAAAUGUUGAAUUUUUUAAGGGUGUAUGUGUGGUGUAACCUUGAGAAACAACAACUUUAUAUCCAAAUUAAAAUAUGAACAAUGGUUUCUACUUGUAUUAAUCAAAUUGUUUCGGUUCUUCAAUCUUAUUAUAUUUAUAAUGUUAUGACUAUAAUAAAUAGUUCCUUUUUAUAUCAAGAUAAUAAAAAGUGCUUAUUAUUAAUACCAGUAAAUAACUUUCAAGAUAACACUGACAUUUUAAAUUUAGCAUUUCAUUU